ACAGGCAGAGAAGAGCCCUGGUCAACAAACCAGCACCACACUCUGCUUAGGAGGCCAGGCCGGCUCGUGCAGCCGACGCAUCCCGUGUGAGGAGGACACACAACAUAGAUGGCUUUUCUUGGGGGCUCUUUGUCAGCCACCAACACAGAGAACACACACUUGACACACACGUACACAAAGAUCUGAGCCAGGUUGUGGGAGGGUGACCAGAACCGGCUGAAACUGGUUUGAGGCAGAUCAGCUCCUGAACACAAUGCAGUCACUGAGCUACUACAGUGGGAUAGCAGCUUCCUCCCUUCAUGGCAGCCAAAAGCAGAGGACCUUGCAGGAAGACGCUACUAAAGGGUGUUGGGGAUACUUGGGACUAUUAUGAAGGCCAAAAGGCCUGUUGACUGGGGCUGCUUUUAACCCUUUCCUAUUUGCAGAGAAUGCAACCGUGUGACAGUAACUGAGCACUGGUCCAAAGUCUUUUCAAAAGGUCAAGGUUCACAAGAACAUCUGAUCAAAUUCAUGACCAUGGGGGAUAUGAAGACCCCAGACUUUGAUGACCUCUUGGCAGCAUUUGAUAUACCAGAUAUGGUCGAUCCCAAAGCAGCGAUUGAGUCUGGACACGAUGACCAUGAAAGCCACAUUAAGCAGAACGCUCAUGUGGAUGACGACUCUCAUACCCCAUCUUCCUCAGAUGUUGGCGUGAGUGUGAUUGUGAAGAAUGUUCGGAACAUCGACUCCUCUGAGGGAGCUGAAAAAGACGGCCACAAUUCCACAGGCAACGGCCUACAUAACGGGUUUCUCACAGCACCUUCUCUUGACAGCUAUGGUAAGGAGGGAGCGAAGUCCUUGAAAGGAGACACACCUACCUCAGAGGUGACUCUUAAAGACCCAGCGUUCAGCCAGUUCAGCCCUAUCUCCAGUGCUGAAGAGUUUGAUGAUGACGAGAAAAUAGAGGUGGAUGACCCACCCGAGAAGGAGGAGACACAGUCCACUUUCAGAUCAAAUGUACUGACUGGCUCAGCUCCCCAGCAGGACUACGAGAAGCUAAAGUCUCUUGGAGGGGAAAACACAGGCAAGACUGGAAUCUCUACAUCAGGCCAUGCAGAGAAAAACAAAGUCAAAAGAGAGACAGAAACAAAUUCCAUAGCCCUGAGUGUUUACGAGCCUUUUAAGGUCAGAAAAACAGAAGAUAAGUUGAAGGAGACCUCCGAGAAGAUGCUUGAAAACAGGGUCCUUGAUGGGAAGCUGAGCUCUGAGAAGGACAGCACCCUCGCUGCCGUCACAUCUUCCAAAGCCAAGUCGGCCUCCAAGCUGUCUUCGUGCAUCGCGGCCAUCGCAGCCCUGAGUGCUAAGAAGGCUGCUUCCGAUUCCUGCAAAGAACCUGUGGCCAACUCAAGGGAAGCUUCUCCUUUACCAAAGGAAGUGAACGACAGUCCCAAAGCUGCCGACAAGUCUCCUGAGUCCCAGAAUCUCAUUGAUGGCACCAAGAAAGCCUCCCUGAAGCCAUCAGAUAGUCCCAGGAGCAUAUCCAGUGAGAACAGCAGCAAAGGAUCCCCAUCUUCUCCUGUGGGGUCUACCCCAGCAAUCCCCAAAGUCCGUAUCAAGACCAUCAAGACAUCUUCUGGGGAGAUCAAGAGGACAGUGACUAGAGUGUUGCCAGAAGUGGACCUGGACGCUGGGAAGAAGCCUUCGGAGCAGGCGGCCUCUGUGAUGGCAUCUGUGACGUCACUUCUCUCGUCUUCAGCAUCAGCCGCUGUCCUUUCCUCUCCCCCCAGGGCCCCUCUGCAGACGGCCAUGGUGACCAGUGCAGUUUCCUCUGCAGAGCUGACCCCGAAACAGGUCACCAUCAAGCCCGUGGCUACUGCUUUCCUUCCUGUGUCUGCUGUCAAGACGGCAGGGUCUCAAGUCAUCAACCUGAAGCUCGCUAACAACACGACAGUGAAAGCCACAGUCAUAUCUGCUGCCUCUGUUCAGAGUGCCAGCAGUGCCAUCAUCAAAGCUGCCAAUGCCAUCCAGCAGCAAACCGUCGUGGUGCCAGCAUCCAGCCUGGCCAAUGCCAAACUCGUGCCAAAGACUGUGCACCUUGCCAACCUUAACCUUCUGCCUCAGGGUGCCCAGGCCACCUCUGAACUCCGCCAAGUGCUAACCAAACCUCAGCAACAAAUAAAGCAGGCAAUAAUCAAUGCAGCGGCCUCACAGCCACCUAAAAAGGUGUCUCGAGUCCAGGUGGUGUCAUCUUUGCAGAGUUCUGUGGUGGAGGCUUUCAACAAGGUGCUGAGCAGUGUCAAUCCAGUCCCUGUUUACAUCCCCAACCUCAGUCCUCCCGCCAAUGCAGGGAUCACGUUGCCGAUGCGGGGGUAUAAGUGCUUGGAGUGCGGGGACUCCUUUGCCCUGGAGAAGAGCCUGACCCAGCACUAUGACAGGCGGAGUGUGCGCAUCGAAGUAACGUGCAACCAUUGUACAAAGAACCUUGUUUUUUACAACAAAUGCAGCCUCCUUUCCCAUGCCCGAGGGCAUAAGGAGAAAGGCGUGGUGAUGCAGUGCUCCCACUUAAUUCUCAAACCAGUCCCAGCAGACCAGAUGAUAGUGUCUCCGUCCAGCAAUACUCCUUCUUCUACUCUGCAGAGCUCUGUGGGAGCUGGCACACACACUGUAACAAAAAUCCAGUCUGGCAUAACUGGGGCGGUUAUUUCAGCGCCCCCAAGCACACCCAUCAGCCCAGCUAUGCCCCUAGAUGAAGAUCCCUCCAAGCUCUGUAGACACAGUCUCAAAUGUUUGGAGUGUAAUGAAGUCUUCCAGGAUGAGACAUCUCUGGCUACACACUUCCAGCAUGCAGCAGAUACAAGUGGACAAAAGACUUGCACUAUCUGCCAGAUGCUGCUUCCUAACCAGUGCAGUUAUGCUUCACACCAGAGAAUCCAUCAGCACAAAUCUCCCUACUCCUGCCCCGAGUGCGGGGCCAUCUGCAGGUCGGUGCACUUCCAGACCCACGUCACCAAGAACUGUCUGCACUACACACGGAGAGUUGGUUUUCGAUGUGUACAUUGCAAUGUUGUGUACUCUGACGUGGCCGCACUGAAGUCUCACAUUCAAGGCUCUCACUGUGAAGUCUUCUACAAGUGCCCUAUCUGUCCAAUGGCGUUUAAGUCCGCCCCAAGUACACACUCCCACGCCUACACGCAGCAUCCUGGCGUCAAGAUAGGAGAACCCAAAAUAAUCUAUAAGUGUUCCAUGUGCGACACUGUGUUCACCCUGCAGACCUUGCUGUACCGCCACUUUGACCAGCACACUGAGAACCAGAAGGUGUCUGUUUUCAAGUGUCCAGACUGUUCUCUUUUAUAUGCACAGAAGCAACUUAUGAUGGACCAUAUCAAGUCUAUGCAUGGAACAUUGAAAAGUAUUGAAGGGCCUCCAAACUUGGGUAUAAACUUGCCUUUGAGCAUUAAGCCUGCAUCUCAGAAUUCAGCAAACCACAGCAGAGAGGAUGCCAAGGCCAUGAAUGGGAAAGAGAAAUUGGAAAAGAAGACUCCAUCUCCUGCAAAGAAAUCCACAGAGUCUAAGAAGAUGGCCAGUCUCGGGUGGACGUGUUGGGAGUGUGACCGUCUGUUCACACAGAGGGAUGUGUAUCUCUCUCACAUGAGGAAGGAGCAUGGGAAGCAAAUGAAGAAGCACCCUUGCCGCGAGUGUGACAAGUCCUUCAGCUCCUCCCACAGCCUAUGCCGCCACAACCGCAUCAAGCACAAAGGCAUCAGGAAAGUGUAUGCCUGCUCACACUGCCCCGACUCCCGGCGGACGUUCACGAAGCGGCUGAUGCUGGAGAAGCACAUACAGCUGAUGCACGGGAUCAAGGAUCCUGACGUGAAAGAACUGACUGACGACACCAACGAGGAAGAAGCCGAGAUAAAGGAAGACGACGCCAAGGUCCCCAGUCCCAAGCGGAAGUUGGAGGAACCGGUUUUAGAGUUCAGGCCUCCCAGGGGUGCCAUCACUCAGCCACUGAAAAAGCUGAAAAUCAACGUCUUUAAGGUUCACAAGUGUGCCGUGUGUGGCUUCACCACCGAGAACCUGCUGCAGUUCCACGAACACAUUCCUCAGCACAAGUCGGACGGCUCCUCCUACCAGUGCCGCGAGUGCGGCCUCUGCUACACGUCCCACGUCUCCCUGUCCAGACACCUCUUCAUCGUGCACAAGCUGAAGGAGCCUCAGCCCGUGUCCAAGCAGAACGGGGCCGGCGAAGACAGCCUGCAGGAGAACAAGCCUGGCCCCGAGGACGAGGCUGCCGAGGACGCGGCGUCAGACCGGAAGUGCAAAGUGUGCGCCAAGACUUUUGAAACGGAAGCUGCCUUAAACACGCACAUGCGGACACACGGCAUGGCCUUCAUCAAAUCCAAAAGAAUGAGUUCAGCCGAGAAAUAGCCACAGCUCCUCCGCAGGAAAAGCCCUCGCCACACAGGGACUGAAAACAAGACUUUUUUUGUUACCAAAAGUUUGCAGUAUAACAGAGUUAACAGUUCUGUCUAGGCUGUCGCAAUAUAUUCUCUGUCCUGUCCCCUCACCUCCUCAGAUGUACCCCUCCCCGUAAGUAUUAAGGCAGUAUUUGAGUUUUAAAGAGUUUGUAUAUAUUUAAAUAACUUUUUAUACUCUUUGUUACAUGUUUGUAUCAGUAUUUGGUGGAAAAUGUUUUGAGUUUUUGGGGUUUUUUUUUUGUUUUGUUUUUUUGUGUUAGAGUUUUCCUUUUUUGUACCGUUUCUUUAAAACAGAGUUCUUCGUAACAGGGGCAGUUCCUGAAUUCAAACCAACCAUUUUGUAUGUUACCAAUUUGAAUGAGUUCAGUAAUUACAGGCUAACAUGCCUUUUUUAGGGUUUUUAAUUUUUAGGACUCACCACAUACAUUUUAGGUGAUUGUGGUCUCACAGCACUAGCAGCUCUUAAGUGUCUUAGCACCACACUCAGUGUGCCUGCUCCUAGCAACAGGGCUCCGAGGACAACGGCACCCUGGGGAGGGCCUGGCCUGAACCCUCCCAGACAGCAUCUGAAGCAGCCCUGCAGAUCCCUUCUUCCUCCAGAGUGAGUAAAAGAGGCCAGGAAUCUGGUAGGAGGCGUCCUUAACCCAUCUGGAAGAAUGAGGAAGAAGGGAUCCAUAGGGAGAGCCAACAGCUGGCCAUGUUUCUGGGUGAAUUUGCAAGGCUGAUCCACAGAGCCUGAGGAGACCGGCUAGGAAAAGGCCAGCCUACUGUCAAAAUUGAAAGCCGUAGUUAGACCUGUAGCUCUCUAGUCGGGCUUUGUCAUGUAACUCACUAACUAUUACAGAGACACGUAUUCCAAGAACAUCAAGUCUUUCUCUGGCUCUUGAUAGGAACAUAAAGGCACGGUUGACCUAACCCUUUGCUGUCUACACAGUUGGUGUUUCCUGUUCUGGGUGCUACUGCCAAAUGUCCUGGUCCUUAGAGUUGGGAUGCACAACUUUACCACCGACCUAGCAAUGCAGCAGCCUGUACUCUGCAAUUGGCCCUAGAGAAGCACUGAGCCACCAGGCUUCUAGAGUCACGUCAGUCCCUCUCAUGGCCACCGGACUGGAGCACCGGAGAGGUGCUCUCCGUCACUUCCCUGUAGUUCUCUGGGAAAGCUAUCUAUUUCGGUUAUUGUUUUGUGUUUUCUGUUGCAUUUUAUAUCUUGUAUUUAUCUUCAGAUAGGUUUUGUACUUUUUUGUUCUGUUUUCCUAAGCAAAGAAAUUCAUUUGUGUAUAUAGAUACUUGCAUGCUAGACUGUAGUCAACGUUCAGUUCCUUGGAAGGUCUUGCUGCUGUCGGGUGUGCGCACUACAUCCAUUGUGACUGUAUUCAACCCAUUUCACGUGUAAAUAAACGAGGAACAUCUGGCCCUU